AUGGCAUCGCCUGAUAAUCAACAUCUGUGGUCGAAAAGAGACAAUCUGAAGUUACUAGAAUGCAUGAAGAAUAUUAUCCCCUUGGAUGACUCCAGAGGAUUCAAAAGAACCCUGGAAGACCUAGACUGGAACAAAGUGGCUUUUGGGCAGUUUUCGGGAGAAAUAUGCAGACAGAAGUGGGCGAAGAUCUCCCAUUGUCUGAGGAAGUCCCGCACACUGUCAGAGUUACUGCUGGAAGCCUCCGAACAUCUCAAACAACCUCGCAGAAGUAAGGCAAUCGAGAAGCAUCCCGACUUCCCCAAACGACCCCUGACUGCCUAUCUGCGCUUCUACAAGGAGCAUCUGGAGAAAUACUCUCAGAUGUAUCCCAAGUACAACAACCGACAGCUGACCAAAAUCCUGGCUGAGAAAUACAAGCAGCUGCCACAGGAGAUCAAGGACAGAUAUAUUCAGGAAUUCCAGAAGGAGAAACAAGAAUUUCCGAAAAAACUGGCUAAAUUCAAGGAAACUCACCCUAGUAUAGAGCAUUAUAAGAAAUAUAGAGUGCCCAAGAGCCACCAAACUAAAGUCCCUAAGAAAUCACAAGGAGAUAUGAAAAACGUAAAGUCUCCUCUAGAAACAGAAUUUCCCAAAGCAUUUUCUACAGUGAUAAAAUUUCAGGGAGAACCCAAGAAACCCCCUAUAAAUGCAUAUCACAAAUUUCACCAAGAUUCAUGGUCAAGUGCGGAGCUGCAGCAUCUACCCUUAAGGGAACGUUGGGUUGAGAUUAGCAGACGGUGGCAUCAAGUCCCAGGGAGCCUGAGAGAGCAUUAUAACUGUCAGGUCGAAGAGUUACAGAAACAGUACUGGGUGGAGAUGGACCGCUGGCUCAAGGGAUUGACUCCCGAGGAAGCCACCGCAUAUCGAGAGACAAAAGCCACUUGUGGUAAGAGAAAGAACUUGACCAUGUCUGGAGGCAGAAGCCCCAAAUUUGGACAAACAGAGCAUCAGUCCACCUCAGCAACGGAGGAGCUCCAAUCCAGUUCUGGAGAAAUGCAAGGGCUGCUGCCUCCUGAAACAGAUUCCUCAGAGACUAUUCAGGGCCAUGAUGGUGGCUCCCAGGCAGGCGGGCAGAAUAUGAUGGAAAAUGGCAAAGAGGAAGACCCCAUCGGCUCCUCAGACUCUUCUAGCUGCUCCUCGGACUCUUCUAGCAGCUCCUCGGACUCCGCUAGCAGUGCAGAUGAAGAUGAAGAUGAUGGGCACGUUCCUUAG